GCAAUCUUACUGAACAUACCAGUCAACGUCUUCUUCAUCGUUCUGCAUGUCGCCAUCGGCCUGGUUUCCUACGUCUACUUCCGGGGAUGUGAUCCGUUACUGAGUGGCCAGAUCUCGCGUUACGACAUGCUUUUCCCCUUUCUCGCGCUGAGGCUUUUCAAGGGCAUUCCAGUCCUUCGUGGUCUCUUCCUCUCCGUAAUUUUUGCAGCGGCACUCAGGUUUGACUAA